ACUUAGCUUCUUCUGCGGGGCACCCUCCGUGGCAGCAUGUCACCUUCUGAGCGUCUGGUCCUGGUGCUGGGAGGAGCUGGGACCGUGGGCUCUGGGAUUGUGAAGUCUCUCCUGGAGAAAGGGUUCCAGGUUGCUGUUAUCUCCCGGGAUGCCACACGCCUGGAGAAGCUUCGGAACUUCGUACCAGCAGAAGCCCGCAAUAGCCUGUUCACUGUGGUUGGGGAUGUGGGCACCGAGGAGGGAGCAGAAGCAGCAAAGGUGUCCCUGCUAGAAGGAGGCAGGAAGGUCACAGAUGUGGUGUCCUCUUUGGGUUUCAGCUGGUGGCAAGGAGGGGCGCCCCAUACCCAGAGCCUGCAGGAGCUACAGUGGGUCCUGGAGACCUUGCUCCUGAGUACCUUCACUGCCUGGAAAGCCUUCUUUCCUCUGGUCUGGGAGAACCCUGGAGGCUCUUACACCUUCAUCACAGGGAGUGCGGGAGACCGUCUGCUCAGGCCAGGCACAGGCUUCCUGACGCUGGGGGCCUCAGGGGCCCUGGCCUUCAGCAGGGUGGUCCGUGAGGAAUACCCUGAUGUACCCUGUAAGCUGAAUGAGGUGAAGAUCAAUAUGGGAGUCGCACUCCCUGAAGCUCUGGGGCCUGGCUACAUCAGCCACCUGGAGGUGGGCCAGGCUGUGGCCUCUCUGGUGGAUAAGCUUGCCGUCUCACACUCUGUGCUGUGUGUAGACUCCCCUGCUGACCUCCAGGUCUUGAUCUCAGAUGGGAAACUGUGACUCCUACCCUUUCCCAGGAAGCAUGCACCCAUCUGCAGCUGGCCACCAUCAACAACCCUACCCAUUUCUCCUCUCUAAGGAGCUUCCUUUUUGGGGUUGAGGAUGCUUCUAAAAGCUCUCCUGAGCCUGAGCCAUCCCUAUAUUGAACCUCCUGUUUUCUGUAUCACUUCUUACUAUCCAAAACCUUUCCAGGUGGGGCCCCAGGUGAGACCUGUCCUUUCUCCUGGGAAUGGUGGGCUGGUUUGAGGAAGAAGGCAACAAGCUGAAUGGCUUGCACACAGACACAGAGCCUUGCUACAGCAGGGAAAGGGCAGGAGCUAGAACGUCAGCCUAGAACUUAGAAUGUCAACAUUUCUGAGGCCCAUUGCAUUGGGCUAUGUGGAAGAAAGGCUCAGGUGCCCUGGUCUUUGCUCUUGGUAAGAAAGGAUGCACAAUAGAAGAAGCUAACUCUCACAUGCCCAGCCAUUUUGGUCUGGAACUCAUGGUGACCCCAGGGUCUUGGGGGGAGGGUGGGGAUAGGAGGACAGAAAGGGACCAUGAGACAGUGAAGCCUGGGGCUUGUCCCCCCAAUCUGAAUCUGGACUCACACAGUACCAGAGUAUUUACCAACAAGUAGCAUAUGCAGGCAUCUGAACCUCACCUCCUCUCCCUGACUCCUAUCCCAGGGAGCCAGAGAUCAGAGACACAGGGUAAGAGCAGCUGAAAAGAUGAGAAACAUAGAGAAUGCUUCUCCCACACCAUCAGCCCCUGGAAAGGAGUCCUUAGCUAGUCCUAAUUGCCUUCCCCCCCAUCCACCUCUCUUCUAUUCCCAAUGCCUUCCACUUCUUAGAAUACUUAACCAAGGCUAGAGUGGAUAAUAUCACCAACCCACCUUGUCACCCCCUAAUGCCCAAUAUUUCUCCCAAUCACUUUGUUCUCUUUUAAUAAAAUUUGUACAAAUUCCAA